AUGGCGACGACAAGCGCUGCCACGGCCGAGGCACUCAUGCCCAAGGUCCCCUACGUCCCGCAGGACGCCGGAAAGGUCUCGGAGAUGGUGCACGCACUCAACGACGCAAAGGCCUACAACAAGUUUGCAAAGUCAAAAGGCGGCGGCUUCUCCUGCAAGAAGACGUCCUUUGACGUCAAGAACUCCCAGGAUGGCGUCGCUGUCGACUCCUGGAAGAUGCAGGAAUGGGACUACAAGAAGCGAGGCCUGCCUACAUACGCCAGAGGUCUCUUCACCGCAAGGAACCGCCAGAACGAGCAUGAGAUUGUGACGCGCGGCUACGACAAGUUCUUCAACGUCGGCGAGGUUCACGAGACAAAGUGGGAAAACAUCAUUCCGAGGACAAAGGGCCCCUACGAACUCACCCUCAAGGAGAACGGCUGCAUCAUCUUCAUUUCCGGCUUGGAAGAUGGGACGCUGCUGGUGUGCAGCAAGCACUCGACGGGUGAGAGGGCCGAUGCCGAGCUUAGCCAUGCUACUGCCGGAGAGCGCAUGAUUGAGCAGCAGCUCGCUGCCCUGGGAAAGACAAAGGAAGACUUGGCCAGGGAACUGCGGCGCCGGAAUGCCACCGCCGUGGCCGAGCUCUGCGACGACUCCUUUGAGGAGCACAUCCUCGAGUACGGCCCAGAUAAGGCGGGCCUCUACAUCCACGGCAUCAACCUGAACCUCCCCGAGUUCGCGACCUACCCCAGCGCCCUUGUUCAGAGCUUCGGCAACGACUGGGGUUUCAAGCAGGUGGGCUUGAUCGUCAUGAACGACGUCAACGAGGUCAAGUCCUUCCUCGAGGAGGUGGCAGAGACGGGCGCCUACGGCGACCGCGACGUCGAGGGCUUCGUCAUCCGCUGCAAGGAGAGUCACAACCCGGAAUCGGUCCCCUACCGCGACUGGUUCUUCAAGUACAAGUUCGAGGAACCCUAUCUGAUGUACCGCCAGUGGCGAGAGUGCACGAAAUCCAUGAUCUCCGGGAAAGCGCCCCGCUACAAGAAGCACGUCAAGAUCACCGAAGAGUACCUCCUCUACGCCCGCCGACGCCUCCAGGCCGACCCCAACCUCGCCAAGCUCUACCAGCAGAACCACGGCAUCAUCGCCCUACGCAACGACUUCCUCGCCUACAAGAACAUGAAGGGCUCCGACGCCGCCAACCUGGAGCUCGAGGACGAGCCCGGCAACGUCAACGCCGAUGUCUCUAGGGACGUGAUCCUGUGCCCCAUCGCGACUAUCGGCUGCGGCAAGACCACCAUCGCCGUCGCCCUCCAGCGCCUCUUCAACUGGGGCCAUGUCCAGAACGACAACAUUGCAGGCAAGGGCCGGCCGCCUCGUUUCACAAAGGCCAUCCUCGACCUCCUAAAGGACCACCCCGUCGUCAUCGCCGACCGCAACAACGCCCAGAAGCACGAGCGCAAACAGAUCCUCACAGACGUAAAAGUCCAGCACCGGACGGCCCGCCUCGUCGCCCUCUACUUUGACCACGACGAUUCCAACCUGGACGAGGUCCGGCGCAUCACCCAGGAGCGCGUCAUCGCCCGCGGUGACAACCACCAGACCAUCCACGCCGCCACCGACGCGUCAAAGUUCCUCGGCGUCAUGGAGGGCUUCAUCAGCCGCUUCGAGCCCCUCUCCGCCUUCUCCCCGCCAGACGACGGCUUCGACAAUGUCAUCCACCUCGACCCCACCGCCGGCAGCCGCGAGAACCUCGAAAAGGUCAUCACCGAGCUGCACCGAAUGUACCCGAACCUCGUCACCGAGGUCCCCUCCGCCGACCGCCUCGACAAGGCCAUCGAGUCCGCCUUUAUCGAGUACAAACCCGACUUCAAGCACAACAUCCCCGACCGCGGUCCCCGCAAGGACAAGCAGGGCCAGGGCCAGCAGCAGGCGCCCAAGACGAAGAAGAAGAAGCCCCUCGAAUACAUGUCCGUCGAGGUGCAGUCCCAGGAGGUCCGCGGCGUCCUCGACGGCGCCUUCAACAAGGUCGACGCCUCCACCUCCCGCUUCUACAAGCAGCUCUACCAGACCCGCCGCGUGCAGCCAAAGUUCCACGUGACGCUCAUGCACCGCGCCAGCUCAAAGGACAACCCGGCGCUAUGGGAAAAGUACCUGGCCCUCCACGCCGAGGCGGAAAAGGCGAACGGCACACAGGACCAGGCCAGCAUCCGCCCCCUGGGCGAGUGCUCCGUCGAGCUCGAGCGGGUGGUCUUUGACGACCGCGUCAUGGCGAUAGUCGUCCGGCUGGUCGAUCCCACCGGCCAGUGGAAGUGCACAAACAACGUCGCCCACAUCACAGUCGGCACCCGCGACGACGCCGUGAAACCAAAGGAGAGCAACGACCUCCUCGCACGCUGGUUGGAGAAGGGCACCGGCGGCGACACGGGUAUCGAAGAAGUGGUCUUUGAUAACAAGCCCAGCCUGGAGGGGACCGUCCAGGGCGUUCUCUCAAGAUAG